CCGCAGCGGGUUGAACAACACACUUUACCCUGACAACUUCAACUUCAUCUUAUUUAGCUCCUGUUUUGGCCAUUUAACCCAUUUGACCGCUUAAUUUCGUCCCGAGGCACCGCCCGAAGGACCGCCAUCAUCAGACAUCUCUAAUGUCGUUUUUUCAUGAAGCGUUAACUGACAUUUAAACGCUGUUGUGACGAAGUAUCGUUGUCUUCUGAGCUAACAGCUAACAGCUAACAGGAGCGACAGCAGCAGCACCGGCUCACAAGCAUGAACUGCCCCCCCACCAAGCGUCUCCGAGGUCUGAACCAGGAUGUAGCCACGGCGAUGGCCUUUGAUGACCCAUUUGGAGACGACGAGGACUUCACCCAGGACGACUUGGAUGAGAUCGAUGUCAUCGCGUCACAGGCCAUCACCUCAGCUGCUGCAUCUGGGCUUGGGUCUAAACCAGGAGUGAAACCAGUGGAGCCUCCCAGCGGGCCGUCCUGGGCUGCAGGGCAGAGCAAAUCUGUGAGCAGAGCCACAAACAAUCAGAGCAGAGAGAACACGUUUAGGUUCAGUAGCAGCAACAGAGGGAAUGCUGGGAUACCAAGCAGAGAGCCUCUCGGUAACAAGCAGCAGCACUUUGGGUCGGACAGAGAGGACUCCUGCAGUCUGCUGGAGGCUCAGCAUGCAGAGCUAAAGAGGAAGCUGAAGGAGGUAGAGGAAGAGAUUGUGUUGAAGAGCGGGGAGAUCCGGGUCCUGAGGGACUCUCUGAAAGGUGCUCAGCAGGAGAAGGAGGCCCAGAGACAGAACCAGAUCCUGCUGGAGACUCAGAGACAGAGAGAGCAGAGCGAGAGAGAGAAGGAGCUCAACAAGAAGGUUCAAUCUUUGCAGUCAGAGCUGCAGUUUAAAGAAGCAGAGAUCAAUGAGAUAAAGACCAAACUGCACAGUUCAGACAGAAACAAGAUGGCCUCCCCACUGCGUAGAAACAGUCCUAAAGUGCUGAGCAGUCUCGCCCAGUUGCAUCAUGGGAGCGGCAGCAGCUCCUCCUCUCCAACAGGAAAUGGUUUCAUCACCAAGGAGACGUUUGGAGCCCACGUACCGUGCAGAACAACUCCGGUGAAGACACCAGUGAAGACACGGAGAGAUGUUGGAAACAGAGGGUCGUCUGGCAGCAGAUCUGAUGACAGACAGGAGGUGUCCCGUCCAGACCCCUUCCUGUCUGUCAGACCUGCACACCUGCAGCCCCGAGGUGCCGUCCUGCUGGGAUUGUUGUUGCAGCAGCCCUUGUCUCCCAGUAGCCUUGGCCUCUCUCACUUGCUGUCUAUGAGUCUGACUGACAUCAACCUGACAUCCAGCAGCCUGUCAGCAGGUUUUCUCAUCCACUCUGAUGCUGCGGUCGGUGGCGGUGAAGGUGGAGCUCCCAGAGCUGCUCUGAGUCCGGUCCAGAGUCUUGCUGUAACUGGACUCAACAUGCUGAGUCAGAGCCGACCGGAAGCUGCAGCCACUAGCAGAAACAAAAG